AUGUACCUCACCUUCAACUCCCAAAAGAGCGUGGAGCGAACCGCCUCACCAGCCAGUGGAGAGCAGAGACGCACAAAACGCAGAAACACGCCCUAUGCCCCACACCUCGCCAACGCCUGCAACACGUACGAGGUUCAAGUGGAAGAGCGGCCAGAAACAACGGAGAGCGAGGGAGAACACGUCUGGAUAGUGGAUCAGCAACCCCCACACUCCUUAGCACGCGGCCACGUGAUAACCCUUCGGAGCACGUCGACCGAGAUAGUCAGAUCAGGCCGAAUCUCAACCGUUACGCUAAUCACGCGACACUGGAUUACGGUCCGCCUAACCGGCGGGCACGCCAACACCUACCUACGUACGCCGACAUCGUGGAUCAAACUCGGCAAGCUCGACAGAUUCGUACACACCGAACUGUACGAAUCCCUCCCGGGAUCACCCGAACCACAUCACUCCUUCAGUAACCGCCCCACGUUCGCAGACGACCAAACGAACCCCUACCAGUUCGAGCAGGACCCAAGGGAUGCGGAUGAGCUGAGAGAAAAGCUAAGGGGUACCAAACGUCUGAAACAGACGCUAGAUGGACUGAAGCAUGGGAAGGGGAAGUAG